AUGCCAUUCAAAAAUAUAUUCACAUCGUCUUCUUCAUCAUCUUCAUUAAAUGAAGAUAAUGUAAUUAAAUCAACAUCAUCACAUCGGACAAUUCUUAAACAAAGAGAUACUUCUUCAUUACUGGCAUCACCUCAAUCAACAUCUUCUAGGAUUAAUAAUAAUAAUAAUAAUCAUCCUCGAAAUAGCAACAAUAAUAAUAUCAACACCGAUCACCCAAUGCAUAUUGCUCCUAGUAUAAAUAGUAAUAUGAGUCAAUCAAGUCUAAGCACUGCUGGAACUACUGGAACUACCACCAUUAACAACAACAACAACAGUACAACAACACAUUCCCCUACUUCUACUAAAUCCCAUCGUGGUCCUUCAUUAAGAAGAUUCUUUAAAAAAUUCAAACCACGUGACCACCACGAUAAAUCACUGUCAUCCCAUCAACAACAACAACAUCAUCAUCAUCAUCAUCAUCAUUAUGAAAAGCAAAAACAUUUUGGUGCUGGUAAACCGGCUCCAAUUAAUUCUAAUGCCACAAAUUUAUUUGCUAAAUAUGGAUCACCAGGGAAAUUAUUAGGUACAGGAGCUAGUGGAUCAGUCAAUUUAUUAACAUCUAAAAAUGAUCCUACCAAAAUAUAUGCAGUUAAAAAAUUUCGAGCACGAAUGACUAAUGAACAAGAAUCAGAUUAUAAAAUCAAAGUAGCUAAUGAAUUUAAAGUGGGAGAAAUGUUACAACAUGAAAAUAUCAUUAAAACUUUUGAAUUAAUUAAAGAUUAUUCCAAUACUACUAAACAAAUUAUUGAUCCUGAUUAUUAUAUAAUUAUGGAAUAUUGUCAAUAUGAUUUUUUCAAUUUAGUAAUGAGUGGAUUAAUGGAAACUAAAGAAAUUUAUUGUUAUUUUAAACAAAUUAUAAAUGGAGUAGCAUAUUUACAUUCUAAAGGAUUAGCUCAUCGUGAUUUAAAAUUAGAUAAUUGUGUGGUUAAUAAAUUUGGUAUAUUAAAAUUAAUUGAUUUUGGUUCAGCAGUUCAUUUCCGUAAAGAAAUUCCAAAAGGUUAUUAUAUAACUUCUGAUGAUAUUAUGUUGGCUCCAAAUUAUAAAUUGAUUCGUGCUAGAGGUGUAGUUGGAUCAGAUCCUUAUUUAUCACCAGAAGUAUUUGAACCUUUAGGUAUGGGAUAUGAUCCUCGUGGUGCUGAUGUUUGGUCAAUUGCCAUAAUUUAUUGUUGUAUGAUUUUGAAAAGAUUUCCUUGGAAAUUACCUAAAUUAUCUGAUCCUUCUUAUCGAUCAUUUGCUGGUCCUCAAUUAAACAAUCACAACCACCAUCACAAUAAUAAUAAUAAUAAUAAUAAUAAUAAUAAUAAUAAUACCACUUCUGCAAACAGCAACAAUGAUGUCAAUGGUGGAUUGGUCAAUGAUGUUAAUGGAUUAUCAAUAAAUAAUAACAACAACAACAGUCAUUCUUCUAAUGACUAUGAUAGAAAUACAAAUUAUCAAUCAUUAGUUGGUCCUGAACGAUUAUUAAGAUUAUUACCAAUAGAAUCACGAGAUUUAAUUAAAAAUAUGUUAAUUUUGGAUCCUAAAAAACGAUACUAUAUGCCUGAUGUCAUUCAAGAUCCAUUUGUUAAUAAUAUUCAUCAUUGUUAUACCCUUGUUGAUGUAGAUCAAAUUAUUCCUAGUCAAGAUCAUGUUCAUCAUUUAGUCACUGAAGAAGAUUUAAAUAAAUUGACUCAAGAAAGAGAAAGAGUUAAACGAUUAAAAGAUGCUGGAAUGGCAUGA